AGGAGAGGGUGAGGGGUCAGAGACAGAAACGGAGUCUCGGAGACACGAUUGUUUUUGCAGCAGCAUCCCGGGACAAUGUGACCCUGUUCGCUGUCACCUUCAUUUAGUGGGAACGACCCCUGUUCUGUCGCCAAAUUACCGUGCGGCGGUGAGAGCCGGCUGCGGCUACGCUAGGUGGGACGCCGUGCACGGUCUAUAGUGGGCCAAAAAUUUCCAGGGGAGUUCUCCCGACUGCCUCGCCUGCCGAACAAACCAUCAUUCCGGCUGCGGUUACGGCAAAGGGAGCCAUGCGACAGUGGUGUCUUCCGGCUGUGGCCCCACGUACAGAACCGCUCCUGACGGGCCGAUUGUCCCCACAGCUGUCAGAUGCCAGGAUGGAGUGUUGCGAGGUGGAGCCGCGGUACACCAUUGAGCAGAUCGACCUGCUGCAGCGCCUGCGUCUCUCCGGGCUGACCAAGCCACAGAUCGUGCAGGCCCUGGAGUCCCUGGAGAGGCUGGACUCCAGCCACAGGCCGUCCUACUGCGAGGCCCACCCGGCACCCCACAACGCCCCCUCCGCCGCCGCCGCCCCAUCUUCCUCCUCCUCCUCCUCCCUCACCUCCGCCACCACACAGACCCCCAACCUGGAAACCUCCCCGUCGCCUAGCAACAGCUACGAGGCCUCCCCCCCGCCGCUGUACCCGACCAGCGGGGGUCAGAGGUCGUUUAACUACGACCUGGGAGAGGAGGAAUGGGAUGUUGAGGAGAAGGUGGAGGAGUACAUGAGGAGGGACAGCAACCUGGUGAAGGAGGAAAUCAAGGCUUUCCUUAACAACAGGAGGAUCUCUCAGGCCAUCGUAGGACAGGUGACAGGCAUCAGCCAAAGCUACAUCUCCCAGUGGCUGUUGCAGCAGGGCCUAGAAAUGAGUGACCCCAAGCGGAGGGCCUUCUACCGCUGGUACCUGCUGGAGCGCAACAACCCAGGGUUCCGAUGGAACGAAAACCAGCACACACAGGUCCCCAGGACAAGGACGGAAAACCCCUGGAACAGACAGAGAGAGCUGCUGAUGCAACUGCUCCCGUGGUACUCUGCUCAUCAAACACAGCCAGGCGCAACACUGUCAAUGCGCUCCCUGGUAAAGGAGGAGCCUGAUUGGAGGUCCAGCGGCAGUCCCGGGGGGAAUGGGGUGGGGGGCGGGCCCCUGCGGCUGCGCAGGGGGAGCCGUUUCACCUGGAGGAAGGAGUGCCAGUCCAUCAUGGAGAGUUUCUUCAUAGAGAACCAGUAUCCUGACGAAGCAAGGAGAGAGGAGAUCGCCAAUGCGUGUAACUCUGUGAUCCAAAAACCAGGAUGCAAGUUGUCAGAGUUUGAGAGAGUCACAGCUCUCAAGGUGUACAACUGGUUCGCCAAUCGCCGGAAGGAGAUGAAGAGGCGGGCCAACAUUGAGGCUGCUAUUCUAGAGAGCCAUGGAAUCGAAGUGCCAAGCCCUAGCUGCCACUCAAAUGGCGAAGAAGUCGAGGCACCAGAGUUUGUUGAGCAAGAAGAAAUAUCCACAAGGAAAGACACGGAGCAAGAUCCUGGCUCAUUGGGCAUUGAGGUAGCAGCCCUCCCGAGUCCAGGUCCUCAGCUUCUGGCUCAGAAACCAGAAGAAUCAAAAAGAGAGGCAGCUGACGAGGAGUGACCCACGGGCAAGAACUUUGGGCAAGCAAGGAUGUAGAUUUUGCUGGUGACUCAAAGCUCCUGCCCUGAGGGCUUCAGAGGGUGAGGUCAAAGCCAGGGGGGAGUGGUGCAAGGGAUUCCUCUGGUGCCCCCAAGUGGUAGGGAGGCCACAGUAUGUAUCUACAGUAAUUACGCUAAUAUUAAUGGCAAUAUUAAUCUCUUUAUAGUGCAUUCCAAGACAAGUCUUACGAAAGAAAUCCCAGGAGGAGGAGGGAAGCAGGGUGUUUAAAGUGAGAGUGUGUGGUAGAGGAAGCCCCACUUCCUGCGGCUGAAGCAUUUAUUUCAACCCUUUUUCGCUUUCAUUCUAACAGCUUGGUGAAUCUCACAGCUACUAGAAAUAAAAUGGCUGCGGCCUGUAUGGCUAUAUCAACUGAAACUGGGGGAUGGGGCCUGCAGGACAGGGAGAUGAGUGUGGUGCAGUGCUUUAUUUUGUUUGGUAUGGUGUUCAAGCUGGCCAGAGGGUGGGUUGACUGUUAUGGGAACCCUGAUGUGUUCUCACAGUGGCUCUGUGUAGAUCUGGAAAGAAUCAUGAAUAAUCAUUAAAUGUAAGCAUACAUCUCAGCAUCUUUUUUUGAAUCAAGAACGAGAAAUAACCCAUAACCCCAUGAUCACUUAAGUGCUUUAACGGUUGGCUGAAAUCACUGCUGUAGCUAAUUUAGAGGACAUUUUAACAGAACAAUUAUACUGUCAAAACGUUAAUCUCUGUGAGAAGAGUAUUAUGUCGGCAAGCCAAGCUAGUCGGUCGUAACAGGUAUUUUUAGUGCUUUUUCCUCAGUGAUCAGAAAGCAAUAGUAGUAGACUGUCUAGACGAUGGUAUUCUUAGCUGCGCUUUCAGUAUAGUUUACCCUACUAAUAAAGCCGCAAGGUAAUCUAACCCGGGAUGAACUGAAACACGGGAUGGUUCUGGCUCUGGAGGUGUUCCAAGCAUCUGGUUUGAAAACCGAUUUUGAUAAGCUAAGAUAAUGCUAUAUGACUGCAAAGCUGCACUUCUGCAAGACACAUGGCUGACUUUAAAACAUUAUGCAUCAAGCUGCUUUCAGGUUAGUCGACCACCUUGGAAAAUAUAAUAGAAUAAUUUUUAUUUCAAGAUCCCUACACAGCCAAAGCCAAGCCAAGGUAGAUUCACACUGACACUAAAUGUGUUCAGGAGAACUGCUUAUGGGCACAACUACUUAAUGAUAUACAGUUUAUUAAAUAAAACUGUAAAAAAAGAAGGGACAGCAUAUAAUGUUGUAUAUUAAAAGUGUAGUACAGGCCCAGUUCAUCUCAGUACAGGCUACAGUGCUGUAUAUCGAUGUGGGCAAGGCCCUUUUCUGUCUGCUUUUAUCUGAAAACUAAUAAAACAAAUA